UAAAGCAGUUCGUUGACUGCUAGUUAUUUGGGAUUUUGAAACGAUUAAGGAAACGAAAACUUUAAAUAAAAUAAAAAGUUGUGUUGAAUUUUUUUUAAUUUUCAAUUAAAGCUAAAUCGAAAAAGUGUUUUAAAAGUGUUUAGUUGAGAAUAAGAUAACCAUCAAGAAGUGGAACAAAAGGGCAUUUCCUUAAAAACGAACAAAGAUCAUCCUUGGUCAUGAUAACGCCAAGGAGUGUAGCAGCGGUUGGACUGCUGUUACUCUGCUCUAGUCCAAUAUGGGCUCACAUACGCAUUGAAGCGCCCGAAGAACACAAUGCGCCAGCCUUUAAGCCUGAAUUUUUACGUUCGGCUGUUGAAAGUGUCCCGGAAGAAGAGAAUCCCGAUGCUUUGAGUCGCUUUAGUUUGGCUCCAAGUUUUGGUGAUGUUUUCUUGCCGCUGCGCAGUGCCGUGGAAAGUGUGCCAACGAUCAAUGCCCGCUCAGUGGCGGAGCUAAGAGAAGCUGCCUCUCCUCUAAGGCAUUUUGUUCGAGAUGCCGUCGAAUCAUUUCCCUUGGAUGAUGAUGAUUACAUUGAAGAGGAGGAAUAUUCGGCUAGCAUUCGAGAUGCUUCCGUGGAGGAGGCAAUGCCGGAAAAUUUGGAAUUAACUGAACCUGAGCCCGAACCGGAUAUGGAUGUUGAGACGUUUCAAGAACCUGAUGCCUGGUCGGUAUCCGAUAAAUAUGCUGCCUAUAUAAUACCCAAUCCGAAUAAUGAUGAUUUGCCGCAACCAUACCGGGCCGAUUCGCCAUAUCAGCAAUUGGUUAAGGAAACGGAUAUUGCAGAUCCCGAAAGUGUGGAAGAUGUGGCCAAGGUACGUCAACAGUUGUUGGCCUAUGGAGCCUUGGAGAAUACUCGUUCACGUCUGCGAGAUGAUGUGGAAGAUUUGGAGGACACUGACGAUGGUUAUAGCGAUGAUCAACCCUAUGGUGCCUUGGCCCAGAUUAAACAAUCCCAGAAACCAAACAAGAAUUUCAAUUCCUCUCCGGAGGUCAUGUGCUACGUUACCAAUUGGGCAUUCUAUCGCAAGGCAGAUGGUCAAUUUGUGCCGGAGUAUUUGAAGAAUAAGAAUUUGUGUACCAAGAUCAUAUAUUCUUUUGCCUCCCUGGAUCCGGAUCAUUUGAAUAUCAAGGAAUUCGAUCCCUGGGUGGAUAUUGACAAUCAGCUGUAUAGCCGUGUGGUGUCCACUGGUAUUCCGGUACUUAUUGCCAUGGGUGGCUGGACCGAUUCGGCGGGUGAUAAAUAUUCCCGUUUGGCCGGGGAUGAUAUCAAGCGUCGUGUCUUUGCCUCAAAUUUGGUGGGUUUCCUGCAACGCCAUGGUUUCUCGGGUCUCCAUUUGGAUUGGAAUUAUCCCAAAUGUUGGCAAAGUGAUUGCUCCAAGGGUCCGGCAUCGGAUAAGCCCAAUUUGACAAAGUUGUUGAGAGAAAUACGCUCCGAAUUUGACCGGGUCGAUAAGAAAUUGAAAUUGGGUGUUGCCAUAUCGGGUUACAAAGAAAUCAUUACCGAGGCCUAUGAAUUCCCAGAAUUGUCCAAAAUUGUGGACUAUAUGACAGUUAUGUCAUAUGAUUAUCAUGGAGCUUGGGAGAAACAGACUGGCCAUGUAAGUCCAUUAUAUGGACGCAAGUCGGAUAAAUAUCCUCAAUAUAAUACCGACUACACCAUGCAAUUGCUGAUGAAAUUGGGCGCCCGCAAGGAUCGCAUUAUUAUGGGCAUACCAUUCUAUGGCCAAAGUUUUACGCUGGAACGUGACAGCUCUCAGUUGCAGGGAGAAGGUGUGGCUGCCACCGGACCCGGUGAGGCUGGAGAAUUUACCAAACAACCUGGUAUGUUGGCCUACUAUGAGGUGUGUCAAAGGAUACGUAAACAAAAAUGGUUAGUGGGACGUGAUCCGGAACGUAAGUCGGGUCCCUAUGCCAUGCUGCGUAAUCAAUGGGUAGGCUAUGAAGAUCCAGCCUCGGUAGAGGCCAAGGCUCGCUAUGCUGUGAACUCUGGAUUUGCAGGUGUUGCUGCCUGGACCGUGGACCUGGAUGAUUUCCAAAAUCGUUGCUGCAGUGAGGCUUUCCCAUUGCUGAUGGCCAUCAAUCGGGCCAUGGGUAGACAUAACUCAGAGCCGCCCAAACGUUCAGACUGUAGCCGGCCAGCGGUGCCAGCAACUCCAGUGCCACCGGUAAUGACAACCGUUAGCAGUGAUGGUUCUAGUUCGGGAGGUGGUAUGAUGCAUGAUCACACCACCAGCAAUCCGGUGUGGCAAUCGCCCUCAACCACCACCACGCAGAAGCCUUCCACAAUCUGGUGGUCACCACCAUCCUCAACCACCACCACAACAACAACGCGGCGCCCAACGCAACCUACCACCACAACGACAACCUCGAAUCGACCUGCAACCACCCAAAAACCCACCACAAUCCCAGCCCCAGCCGUGGUGAGACCUCAGGUAUUCCCUGCUAAAAACUGCCAAGCGGGACAAUUCUAUCCCGACUCAUAUAAUUGCAAUAGCUAUUACCAAUGUAUUGUGCCCGGAGAGGUUCGGCAACAAUUCUGUCCCGGAGGUCUACAUUGGAAUGACAAGAGCAAGAACUGUGAUUGGCCGGCGGCGGCUCAGUGCACCCCAGCCAAAAAGAAACCCACGACAACAGGAGGUAAGCCCAGUGCGAAACCAUCAAACAAGCCUGGCACCAAACCUACCACCACGACGACGACAGUUAGCACUACCCGCAGACCGGUACCGGCAUCCUGGACCAGUACACGGCCCACCAAACCCAUUGCCACCACACGCAAGCCGUCUGCCUCGCAAAAUCGUCCCUCUACCUCGGCGAAAUGCAACGACGGUGAAUACUACAGCCAUCGCAACUGUGGCCAAUACUACAUCUGCAUCAAUGGCGUGCUGGUUCCCAACUCCUGUGGCGGUAAUCUGCAUUGGGAUGCCAUACGCAAGAUAUGCGAUUGGCCGGAAAAUGUAAAAUGCGUUACGACCAAACGUUAUUUGCGUAUUGUCCAAUCGAAAUCCAGUCCUGAGGAUCCCUGUAAUGGCGAGGAACGGGUACCCUACCCCGGAGAUUGUUCCAAGUAUUUGUUCUGUCUCUGGAAUCGUUUGCAAGCUGCUGAUUGUGGACCGGGUUUACAUUUCAAUGCCGCCUCGGGUAUGUGUGAUUGGCCGGCAAGUGCCAAAUGUUCGGCUGAUGAGGGAUCCAAUGAGGGAGGUUCGAAUGACUUGAAUCCCGUCAAGCCAAAACCAGCACCCACCACCGCCAGACCCACAACCACGACCACCAUGAGACCCACUUAUCCCACUGAUAAACCCAAUCUGCAACCCCUGGAUGGUUACUACAAAGUGGUCUGUUAUUUCACCAAUUGGGCUUGGUAUCGCAAGGGCGCCGGACGUUACACUCCCGAUGACAUCAACACCGAUCUUUGUACCCACAUUGUGUAUGGCUUUGCCGUGCUGGACUAUUCCGAAUUGGUACUGCGUACCCAUGAUUCGUGGGCCGAUAUUGAUAAUAACUUCUAUACCCGUGUCAGUGGUCUCAAGAGCAAGGGUGUCAAAGUCAGUUUGGCUUUGGGUGGCUGGAAUGAUUCUCAGGGUGAUAAGUACAGUCGCUUGGUUAGAAAUCCCCAAGCUCGUGCGAAGUUUGUGAAACAUGCCCUGGAAUUCAUGGAGAAAUAUGGUUUUGAAGGUCUAGAUUUGGAUUGGGAAUAUCCAGUAUGCUGGCAAACCGAAUGUAAUAAGGGUGUGCCAGAUGAAAAGGAGGGUUUCACAGCCUGGGUGAGAGAGCUAUCGGAGGCAUUUAAACCCCGGGGAUUGCUUUUGUCCACAGCGGUUUCGCCUAGCAAGAAAAUCAUUGAUGCGGGUUAUGAUGUUCCUCAACUGGCCAAAUAUUUCGAUUGGAUUGCUGUCAUGACCUAUGAUUUCCAUGGCCAGUGGGAUAAGAAGACUGGUCAUGUGGCUCCCUUGUAUUAUCAUCCCGAUGAUGAUUAUGAUUACUUUAAUGCUAACUAUUCCCUUAACUAUUGGAUUGACAAGGGUGCUCCAUCGCGGAAAAUUGUCAUGGGUAUGCCGUUGUAUGGUCAAUCGUUUACAUUGGAAAACACACGCAACACUGGCUUGAAUUCAAAGGCUCCCGGACCUGGCAAGGCAGGAGAAUUCACGAGAGCUGCUGGAUUUUUGGCCUACUAUGAGAUUUGUGAUCGCAUCAAACACCAGGGCUGGCAAGUGGUACAAGACGAACAGGGUCGCAUGGGUCCCUAUGCCUACAAGGGUAAUCAGUGGGUCUCCUUCGAUGAUCCCGCCAUGAUACGUAAAAAAUCGCAAUUGGUUCGAGCUUUGGAUUUGGGUGGUGGUAUGGUUUGGGCAUUGGAUUUGGAUGAUUUCCGUAAUCGUUGUGGUCAAGGUGUCCACCCAUUACUGACACAGAUACAUGAUGUACUGAAAGAUCCACCCACGGGUUACGAACCCACACCUGGUCUGAUCCCUGUCAAGGAACCCGAAUCUGUGGAGGAAAUCAUCAACUCCCAGGAAAUUACCUAUCCCAGUGAAAUUGAAACCGUGUCCAAUGUCCUCGAUCCCAAUGAUGAGACAGAAGAUAAUGAUGUUGAAAUCAUCGGAACGGGGCCAGGGGAUUCUCAAGAGGUUACCUCCUCCUCGGAUAGCGGAGAAUUUAAAGUAGUUUGCUAUUUCACCAAUUGGGCAUGGUAUCGCCAGGGUGGUGGAAAAUUCUUACCCGAAGAUAUUGAUCCCGAACUUUGUACCCAUAUUGUGUACGGUUUUGCGGUAUUGAACCGUGAACGGUUGACCAUACAACCCCAUGAUAGCUGGGCCGAUUUGGAUAACAAAUUCUAUGAACGGGUGGCCUCGUAUCGUUCCAAGGGCAUAAAGGUGACCGUGGCCAUUGGUGGCUGGAAUGACUCGGCCGGUGAUAAAUAUUCACGUUUGGUACGUUCCGCUGAAGCUAGGGCCCGCUUUGUACGCCAUGUCAUGGAGUUCAUCGAGAAGUAUGGAUUUGAUGGCUUGGAUUUGGAUUGGGAAUAUCCGGUAUGCUGGCAGGUGGAUUGUAAGAAGGGUACUUCGGAUGAGAAGCAGGGUUUCAGUGAUUUGGUGCAAGAAUUGUCCAUUGCCUUUAGGCCAAAGGGUUUGCUGCUGUCCGCAGCCGUUUCACCCAAUCAGAAGGUCAUUGAUGCCGGCUAUGAUGUGCCAGAGUUGUCGAAAUAUUUCGAUUGGAUUGCUGUGAUGGCUUAUGAUUACCAUGGCCAAUGGGACAAGAAAACUGGUCAUGUUGCACCCAUGUAUGAACAUCCUGCGGGAACUGAAGGAUUCAAUGCCAACUUCUCGAUCAAUUAUUGGCUACAAAGUGGAGCUGAUCGCAAAAAACUGGUCAUGGGUAUGCCCAUGUAUGGCCAAUCGUUCUCCUUGGCCCAGGCCAGUGAUCAUGAUCUAAAUGCUCCCACAUAUGGUGGUGGUGAGGCUGGAGAGGCAACCCGGGCCCGAGGUUUUCUGGCAUACUAUGAAAUCUGUACAUACAUCAGGAAGCGGGGUUGGAAUGUAGUACGUGAUCCACGUGGACGCAUGGGACCCUAUGCUUACAUGCGUGACCAGUGGGUGUCAUUCGAUGAUGCUCCCAUGAUUCGCCACAAGUCGGAAUAUGUCAAGGCCAUGGGAUUGGGUGGUGCCAUGAUAUGGGCCUUGGAUUUGGAUGACUUUAAAAAUGAUUGUGACUGUGAAUCGUAUCCUCUGCUGAAGACCAUUAAUAGGGUAUUGAGAAACUAUCCAGGACCACAUCCCAAAUGUGUGUUGGAGGACCAAGAUAAGACAAUGAUUGCCGGCAUGACCAUGGCUCCCCAGGCUCCCAACAAGCCGAAGCCCACAAUCAAUACCAAUGUUGAGAGUCAGGCUAUAAUUCAGGCCCACAAACCGGCCAAACCCACAGCGGCGCCCAGCAAACCCAAGGAAUGUGCGGGACGCAAUUAUGCUCCCCAUGAAAGAGAUUGCAACAAAUACUAUAUCUGUCAAUAUGGCGAACUGGUGGAACAGAAAUGUCCCUCUGGCCUACAUUGGAAUCAAAACUACUGCGAUUGGCCACAGGCCAGUAAAUGUAUGAUACGCGAUGAUCAAACUACCAAAAAACCUGUGGUGAAUAGACCUAAACCCACACCACGACCCAGUGCAGCCACCACGAAGGCUCCUCCGAAAGUUACCAAAAAACCGGUGACAGCGCCCAGUAAAAAACCAAUUACCCAUCCCAAACCCACAUAUGUGCCACCCCUAGCCAGCAAUGAAGACUACAAGGUUGUGUGUUACUUCACUAAUUGGGCCUGGUAUCGUCGCGGACAGGGUAAAUAUGUUCCCGAGGAUAUCGAUGAGAAUCUCUGUACCCACAUUGUUUACGGUUUUGCGGUACUCAACAGCAAUUCCCUGACCAUUCGGACCCAUGAUUCCUGGGCGGAUAUUGAUAACAGGUUCUAUGAACGGGUGGUGGCUUACAAAAAGAAAGGCUUGAAGGUCACCGUGGCCAUUGGUGGCUGGAACGAUUCGUUGGGUAGUAAAUAUGCCCGCAUGGUUUUGGAUCCACAGGCGAGAAGGCGUUUUAUUGAAAGCGUCUUGGCCUUCUGUGAAAAAUACGGUUUUGAAGGUCUGGAUUUGGAUUGGGAGUACCCUGUGUGCUGGCAGGUUGAUUGUUCCAAGGGUUCGGCCAAUGAAAAAGAAGGUUUUGCCUCAUUGGUACGUGAAUUAUCCGAGGCAUUCAAACCCAAGGGCCUACUGCUCUCAGCUGCAGUUUCGCCCAGUAAAAUGGUCAUUGAUGCCGGUUAUGAUGUUCCCAAAUUGGCACGCUACUUUGAUUGGAUUGCCGUCAUGACCUAUGAUUUUCAUGGCCAUUGGGAUAAACAGACCGGCCAUGUUGCUCCUUUGUACUAUGUUGAAGGGGACAGCAAUCCCUAUUUCAAUGCCAAUUUCAGUAUCAAUUACUGGCUGGAAAAGGGUACACCACCGCAUAAACUUAUCAUGGGUAUGCCAUUGUAUGGUCAAUCAUUCUCCCUGGCCGACACCAAUUCCCGUAGUCUGAAUGACAAAACAAUUGGUCCCGGUCGGGCUGGCACCUACACCAGGGCUGGAGGUUUCUUGGCCUACUAUGAGAUAUGUGAACAAAUUAGCAACGGUGGUUGGACGGUGAUGCGUGAUCCUCAGGGUCGCAUUGGUCCAUAUGCCUACAGUGGCAAUCAAUGGGUCUCAUAUGACGAUGUCAACGACAUUCGUCGCAAAGCGCAAUUUGUGCGGAAAAUGCGUUUAGGUGGUGGUAUGGUUUGGGCUCUGGAUUUGGAUGAUUUCCGUGGCAGCUGUGGAUGUGGCAAACAUCCUUUGCUGCGUACACUCAAUCAAGAGUUGCGUGGCAUUCCGGGACAAAGGGCAAACGAUUGUACAUAAGUUAGAGAGAUAUAGGAGCGUUCACAUCGGAAGUAUAAAUAACUCGAAUGAAACGACGACACGUGCAUGUGUAGACAUGUAGGCUGUCCUUAUUUAGUUAAGUAAAGUGCCAAUAUUAUUAUAAUCCAUAAAAUGAAUAAUGUUUAUAUUUAUGUAUAAACUACGAUUAGAUUUAAGCAAAAAAUAUAAAUUUAUUUUAGUUAUUUAAUUGAUAGUGUUAUAGAUGCGAUAAGAUAAAAACAUUACGAAA